AUUAAAAAUAAAUAAAUAUGUUAUUUAAUAAAUAAGCAUUUCUAGAAUAAUUGUUAUAUGAGAUAUGAGCAUGGUCAAUUCUAUACAUGUAUUAGAACUAAAACUACUUUAAAAAGUACUAAAACUAGAAUAUAAACGAUUGCUUGCAUUCAUGGCAUAGGGUUUGGAAUAUUCCGUAACUAUUCGUCGAACCCUUCGUGGGAUUGCGUCCAACGGUUACGACUGAAAGGCGUUAGACUUGUAAUACAAGAAAUACCCGUCGCUUACGACGAGGUCGACAAACGUGUGCCGCAUAUUUGGCAAACAUAUAAACCAUUCCUGGUGAUUCACUGCGGAGUGUCGUGUUUGGCCAAAUGCAUCACUUUGGAGACCAAAGCUCUACCACAGCAACACAUAUUGUACGACAAGCCCGACGUUUACGGCCGACUCCCGAACGGCAUUCAGUCCACAGAUAGUGAUCCACAAAAUUGCUAUCAAUCUAUUGAAGCAAACGAUUCGCACGAUUGCAUUGAAUGCGGCAUUGAUUUGAAACAAGUUUGCCAUCGAGUGAACCAACAUUUCGACAAUGGAUUCAUUCCAA